AUGGGUGUAGCAAUUUCCACUUGCUGCGCAGCUCUGCCUGCCAGCGCAGAAAUCUUUCCUCCGACCCCGGAGAUAUACACAAAUAUCCUCAACAUCUUCCAAUACUUCCCCCUGGUGACAGUGUUCCAAUGGCUUCUUUCCUGGCAUCCGGCAGGCAAGACGUCUAACAAUUCAAUUUUCAAUAUCCCAGGUCGUAUAGCCUGGUGCGCCAUGGAGAUCGUCGGGCCUAUAAACCUGAUCUACAAUCUGAUACUUCCGUCACCAUCUUCACCCUCAAUUGGCGAUCUCCCCUGGCCCAAUGUCCUCGUAGCAGGGCUAUAUUGUACCCACUAUUUCAACCGCUCAAUUAUCUCCCCCUUCUUCUCUGCCCCAAGCAUGUCCCCCAUCCACCCGUUCGUCAUGACAUCCGCUAUGGCGUUCAACUGGUUCAACUCAAGCUGUCUAGCAGGCUGGAUUCGUGGAUACACCAUUCCAACUCUUCCAAGCUUCAGCGCAGGCGGAUACAGCCCCCAAUCUCUCCCUGCCAAAGUGGCCUUUAUUCCAACAGUGGGCGUGAUCCUGUUCACCAUUGGCAUGGCAGGAAACAUUUAUUCCGAGACAGCGCUUUUCCGCUUCCGCCGCGAAGAAACAGAGAAACGUCUCGCCAAGAAGUCGGAUGACGCCAAGCCUGGCGCUACUGCAGGGGAAGAUGGUGGGAGCAGCCGCAACAAAUUCCAUAAAGUCUACGUCAUCCCGCCUACUCGUGGUGUUUUCAGAUUUAUCUUGUACCCGCACUAUGCAUUCGAGUGGCUUGAGUGGGUUGGUUUUGCCUUGGCUGGUACCGCAGUGCUUACUUUGUCGACUGUUUCUGCCGGUGCGCCUUCGGCAGCUGUUGCUCCGCCGCUUCGUCUUGCGCCUUGGUUGAUUCCUGCUGCUUGGGUUGCUGAUAAGCUUACUCUGUCUUUGCCUCUGCCUGCCGUCAUUUUUGUUGUCAAUGCUGUGACGAACAUGCUGCCUCAUGCUCGCUGGGGAAGGAAAUGGUAUAUUGAGAAGUUUGGAGAGAAGGGUGUUGCUGGGAGAGGUGCGGUUGUACCUGGCUGUGCGUGGAUGUAA